UCAUGAGCGUCCUACUGCCCAACAUGGCGGACUUUGAUACCAUUUAUGAGUUAGAAGAAGAAGAUGAGAGAAUUGUGAGUGAAGAGCAUCUCGUCAGAUAUUGCCCCGAGCCUGUGGUCAUGCGUGGGGCUGGUCACAUCACCGUGUUUGGACUAAGCAACAAAUUUGACACUGAAUUCCCUUCUGUUCUCACAGGAAAGGUUGCACCAGAGGAGUUCAAGACGAGUGUCAAUCGAGUAAAUGCAUGUUUGAAGAAGAAUCUUCCGGUAAAUGUGAAAUGGUUGCUUUGUGGCUGCCUGUGCUGUUGCUGUACUGUGGGCUGCAGUUUGUGGCCUGUCGUAUGCCUAAACAAGAGGACACGAAGAUCCAUUCAGAAAUUGUUAGAAUGGGAAAACAACAGAUUAUAUCACAAGUUGGGGCUACACUGGAAACUGAGCAGGAGAAAAUGCGAGAGCAACAACAUGAUGGAAUAUGUUAUUCUUAUAGAAUUCUUACCAAAAUAUCCUAUAUUCAGACCUGACUAAAAGGACUUCUGCUGGAUUCUGGUGGAUGGCCGUUCAUUCCUCUCUUUAGUGCCUUGUAUAUAUUUUGGAUUGAGGGUCUUCAGUGGGUUUCAACAAAACCCCUUCUCCCAGUACCUUGUACAGUAGAAUUCACAACACUGUCACUUUGCUUUAGAGCAGAUUUUGCACAUUUCCUGAUGUAGUAGAAACGCUCCUGUGUUUUGUUACAUGUAACAAGAUUGAUGGGAAGAGGGCAAACUAUGAUACUGUUUAAAAGUGCAUUUACCCCAAAGAGUCAUCAGUCCUUCCCACAUACUAUAUUAUUGUAAUGUUGAUAAAAAAAGGCACCUGAUGGUGUGAAUUUGCCUUAUGUUAAAGGACAACCUUUUUUAAAUAAGAAGUGUAUGUGCUGGAACCAGAACUGUACAGUGUUAUAUUGUAUUGAGAGUGUAUUGACUAGUUUGGGGAAUCUUUGAAGCUAGUGCAGCAAAUUAAAUAAAUAUGAACUAGCUUAGAGUAGAUUUUCUGGCACAUUUGCGAUUGUCUACUACACGAGGAAGUCCACAAACUAAAUUGUAAAUAUUGUAGAUAAGAUGUACAGUGUGGUAUGCCAUGUUUACAAUAUGUAAUUUAGCUGGUAAUUAGUUUUUCGCCAAGAUAUUAUUGUAACAUAAUUUGUUUAUAAGCUGUGUCUCUGUAACUUUAGUUUAUAUGGACCCGUUUACCCAGUAAGCCAUAAAAUGUACGUACAGAUGCCACUUGAGCUAGGACUGAAAAUUGCACUUGAGCACACGAGGACAACAGUUUCAGUUGUCCUAGAGGUUUUUUGAUAUUGUAUUACAAUGUCAUUAGUGGUGUGUCUAGAAACAAUAAGAUUUUGCCAAUGAAGAAAAAUAUGUUACAAAGAACAAAGUGUCAUUCAUUUCAAAGUGAAAUUUACCUAGUUUUGUUGAAAGCAUAAUUUGUAUCUUGUAUUUUUUCAUGUUUUGAUUCUGUUUUGGUACAGCUUCAUUUUGGAGUGUCUAUUUUAAGUCUAUUCAUUUAUGCAGUACACUGUUGUUAAGCUCCAGGGGUACACGUCACUGUAAAUGUAAUGGUUAAACUGCUGUACAACAUCUUUGCUCCGUAUUCUGUACACAGACUGCAUAAGUGGAGUGCCUCUGUAAGUGGGUCUUGCCAGGGAGCUGUGCUUAAGAGGAAUGAUUCUUUGCCUAGCAAUAUAUCGAAGAGAAAGGAAUCUGCCCAGUACUGGUUCUGUUAAAGUACCUGUAAAUGUUUGUCCCUACCUAAUCCAAUGGAAAGCUUAAAUAAAUGGUUGAUGGAA